AUGCCCGCUUCGAACCUGGACCCACCACAGACUACCACAAAUCUCGCCUCAAGCCCACAAAUCUUCGCCAACUCGCACAACUUCUCUGUUUCUGGCGGGACCUUCCGGGCAGAGUCGUAUCAUUUGCACUUUUCCGCUCCUUCGGUCGGGGAGGAGGACGAAGACCCGACGGAAGACUUCCGACGCAUCCGGUGGGGCGAUUUAGACCUGCGGCACCUCCGGCUCCAGACAAAUCAUGGACCAAAGGAUGGAAAAGCAACAGCCACCCAUGUAUCAAGAGCCUCGCGGUCGAUGUAUGCUGCUCGGGUGUAUGGCUCAACGUCGGACAUGAGUGUUGCCAUUUAUGAAGGAGACAAGGCGCAGCAGGACUGGAUUAGGGCCAUUACAGAACAUGCACAUUUUCGAAGCCCUGCCAUCCUGCAGCUAUUUGGAACAGCCAGUCGGAAGGGAAUAUAUGCUGCUGUGUUCCAUGACGACCUGGUACCGCCCGAGCAAAUGUUUCAGGAGCCAUCUAUGCUCGCGACAAUGUACUAUCGGCAAUAUUUGAUGCUUGAGUUCCUGAAAGUUGGCAAAUAUGUGGGGCAGAGAAUGGGCAUUUCGUCUGUGAAAUCACCGAUGUUCACGUUUUGGAUGCGCUCUUCCACGCGCUGCUUAGCUCUGGAGAUAUUCCAAGGAGAUCUCACAUACUUCUUGCCACAACAGUUCGAAUGCCAAACUCGGGUUGGCGCGAACCCUGAGCCGCAGAUGAACCCCGUCGCAAAGGAUAUCCCAGAGAUGAUCAAGGCGUUUUCUAUCCGCGACUUCCUCGCGGCAUGUCUACCAAUCAGGAACAGGCGCCAAGUCAUUCAGUCCCGGGUAGAGCUCAAUGUCGUUUCGCGCCAGCAGACGCGAAUGGAGCUUCAACUACCGAUACAUGCGCUUCUGAGCCCAAUGUAUGCGUACGAGCCUGUGGUGCGGUUUUCAAGUGCCGCCAAUUUCCAGAGGGGGCAGAUGUAUUCCUGGAUAGGUCACUCAUUAUCCAAUGAUCUUCGGCUAAUGAUGAGGAGAGGAACCGGGUGGUCUCAUGUCCCAUAUUCGCGCGAUUCCAGCGCAGAAGAGCGAUGGCAGUCGUUCCGGAUUUCGAUUGACACAGAUGAGUGGUCGGCGCGGGGCUAUCAAGAUAUCGAGACGACUUGGCUUGCGCAAGCGGCCUACGUUUUCAAAGAACUCGGCGUUUCUCGGACUCGUCCAGAAUAUUCGCUGCCGUCAAGUGCCAGCUGCGAGGUUCGCCUCAGAUCGGCACAUGUGCCGCCUCUCGACACGAAGGUUGACGCGUAUCUGGCCCUCUGCCCGUAUUGGGAAUUCCUCGACGGUCCGCUGGGUCUGCGAGUGAAACGCCCCGAGCGGGUCGCCUAUUGGUCACUUGACCCCGAAGCCAGCGAGCCGCUGGUUGCAGCCGAAGCGCUUGCCCUGGGACUUCCCGCGCUUGAGAUCCAGAUGCAUGUUUACGACCAUUCAUGGGACGACGCGACAUAUGAGGCGAUUGUCGAGCUGUGCAUCGCGAAGGGUAUGGAUCCGCACUCUCUGGAUAUGGUCCUGCAUCUCGGACUCAGGGAGGGUGUGAUACUGGACAGCGCGAGAGGAAGCAUGGCUGGGAGCAUCAACGGGUCACGUAAACUAGACUAA